AUUUUGAACUACAGAAACGGCUCAUUGGCUAAAGGUCACAGUCGACCACAGUAUGCGCUACAAAAACGCCGAUAACACAACAGCAGCCUUGCCUCUUGUGUUGCAGCUGCGCAGACGCUGACGUCAGGCUUAACGUAACUGAGGUGAAAAACGUUAUCCAGCCGUUCAGAUAAAUAAACAGAUCGUUGAGUAACUAAAAGUCGAAUAUUCCGCCAAGGCUAGCACUCAAUACACUUUGAAUGACUCGGCCGCGCUUCUGCUCUCGGUGCCCAUCGAGUAGGAGGGGUAGCCCAUGCUGUGAUUUGUGCCUCCUCCCCCUCCUCCGAAGAAUGGAAGGGCUCGGCUUGUGAGAUCACAUCCUAAACAGUCGAGCUACUCAAAGAGUGCACGUUUCCGCCGGGCUGCGUGUACAUCUGCUGAUGUGAAGCCACCUCCGUCGUGUCGAAACAUGAGGUUUACAUAACUCAGCUUUUAUUUUUGCUUGUUCCCUUUUCUUUGUCGUUUUAUUUUGUUUUACUGGAGGGAGAUAAUCGCUACUGAGUCUGCCUCGAAAAGCGUUUAGAAGUAGCGUCGUCGUCACCUGGCGCGUCUACUGGGCAUAUAGCGGAUGAUGUGGUCGAGGAUACCUUCGGACUAUGUGGACAAAUAUGAGCAUACAACAGGUUCAGAUACACCUAAUGAAGGAUGGUUACCUGGGGAGAAUUCAGCCUGGGAGGCAUCUGCUUCUACUGCAAGUAGCUGUAGCACUCGCAGAAGAUGCCUGAGCACAACAUCUGACAGUGGCGAUACUGGAAUUGGCACAUCUUGCUGUGACAGUGUUGAAGAUCACUCCAGUUCCAGCAGCACUUACUUGUUUAAACCAGUCAGUAUGCAGGGAUCCAUACCAACUGCCCUUGUAAUGCCAUCUACCACCAACAUGAGACCUAGCAUGCGAAUAGCAGGCACUGAUAGAAACUCCUGCUAUACUUUACCAAAUCACGGAAGAAGUGAUGGUCCUCUGGACAUGAAGGAUCCUCGUCCUAUAAAGAGAUGGUCCUCACUCACUAAGCUCAGUGUGCCUGGAAACAGUUCUGUGGAUGGUAGGGCUUACAUGAAAGAUGACUUAAGAACAGGUAAAGAGGGCUUGACUGACAGUGCAAAAUCCUAUAGAUGUAAGCUUGCUGAAGUGGACAACUUGCACUUUGUCAUGGGCCACUUAACAAUGGAGGAGCGUCAACUGAACCAAAUACGAUCCUUGGGCCCAGACCCAAGGUGUAAACUCAGUAUGCACAACAAAGUGAAUUCAAGUCCCACCCCCUCACUGACCAGUAAAUCAAAUGCCUUAGACUUGUCAUUUUGUGCCUUACCUGAAAGUAAGCCUGUGGCAACUGGAUCUGAGAUGUACAAGACGUAUAAUCCUUUGGGACAGCAAACAAUAGAGUGUUCACCUAUUCAACCCUCUGUGCGGACUCAGAUGUGGCUUAGCGAGCAAAUGCAUUCAAAUCACAGUAAACUGCUGGACAGUAGUUCUCGGUUAACUUCCUUCAAUCAGCUGGAGCACUUCAAGGAUCCAGAGAUUCCACAGGUGAUGCCUUUAGUGAAAUUAAAAGAGGAUGAACUUAAUAAGAAAGAACAGAUAAUUAGCUGGCAGGCACAGCAGAUCCACCAACUUCAACAAAGAAUCAGGGAAAAUGAGCUGCAAACACAAGUCCUGCAGGGUCCGGUUCGGAUAUGUAAUAACCCAUACCAUUUUCAGCUCAAGGAGAUGACAUGCGACAGCCUUCCUUUGCAGACAGAGCUGUCUGUAAGAUCACAACUUUUUCAUGGUGAAAAUGAGGGACCGGAGUCUAAGCUUGCUGCAGCCAAGUUAGAGAUUGCACGGCUUUCAGAAGUACUGAAGCAAAGAUCCUCAAAGAACACAGAAGAAAUCCGGAAGCUGGAAGAAAGGUUGAAAACCCGAGACAGAUAUAUUAGUAGCCUUAAAAAAAGAUGUCAGCGAGAAUCUGAAAUGAACCAAGAGAAACAACAGAGGAUUGAGACACUGGAAACAUAUCUUGCUGACUUGCCAACGCUUGAUGAGAUCCAGAAACAGACUGAACAGAUUGAAUUACUAAAGAAAGAAAAAUGUGAGCUACAGGAAAGAAUUGAGGAUCUCAAGAAGAAGUGGGAGGAUGGACGGUUUCUGAUCAAAGAAAAGGAGACUUUCAUUGAGAGCCAGAAAAAGAAAGAAAAGGAAUUAAUUAUCACCGUGCAGAGCUUGCAGCAAAAAGUUGAAAAGUGCCUUGAAGAUGGUGUCCGCCUACCCAUGUUGGACAUGAAGCAGCUUCAGCAUGAUAAUGAUCUUCUUCAGGAGGAGAAGAAAAAAAACAAUCAGGUCAUUGACAAUCAAAGGAAGCAAACAGAGAAAUUAGCUAUAGAGUUACAAGCGAUGGAACAUAAGCUAACUGAUGAAAAGAGCCUCUCCCAAGAUCUGCAAGCACAGCUAAAGGAAAAGGAAGAUUACAUACAGGAGCUGAAAAUAUCCAUGCAAGAGAACCAAAGACAACUUGAAGAAUGCUUGAAUAUGAGGUCACAGACUCAGCAGGACGAACAGAAGCUGAAACAGCCCUGCAAUGAGAAUCUGCCAUUAGCUGAAGAACUUUUAAAGGAAAUGUCUUGCUGCUUGGUUGAGUUAAGGGCCUUGUGCAGCAUACUUACAGAAAGAGCACAGGGAAAGGAGCCAAAUCUUGUACUGUUGCUUGGCAUUAGAUCAAUGACUUAUCCAGGUGAAGAAAAUGAAAACCUCCACAGUGAGAGCAGUCUUUCCACAAAGCUCCUCGAGGUGUCCCAGUUACGGAAGGACAUUGACAAAUUGAGGACUAUGGUGUCAGACCGCUAUGCUCAGGACAUGGGAGACAGCUGCAUCACUCAGUGACAUCUUGUUGCCUAUUUGCAAUAAUGAACUGUGAUACUUUUUUAAUGCUGCUUUUUCACGCUUCCCUGCAUUUUUAUUACAGAGCCAUAUUGGAAAAUUUCAACUUGCAAACCAAUUUAAAAGCAGAAAAAAAAGUGUUUAUUUGCUGACAUAAAAAAAAAACAGUAUUUUUUUUUUUUUUUUUUUGCGAGUCAGAUUCAUUGGGGUAGGCGUUAUUCUGAAUGUAGGAACAAACUGUGAAAAUAGUUUACAUUGUUAUUUUCGGUCAGUAUUUUCAAACUUUUGCUUUUCAUGUAUUAUUUAUGAGAGCGUUUACAGUUGGCCGCUGUCUUACCAAGACCCCCUUAACCUUGAAAUGCUAAUGGUACCGUACAUCUGUACAAGUUGUAGUGUUGCACUAUCCUCUGAUACGUCUCCCUCUUUUGAUUAGUGUAGAGCUGCUUCCUUAUUUCCCUGAGCUGUUUAAAUGUCAUCCUGAGUUCUUCCCAAACAGCGCAAGGUCCUUCCUGCUACAAUUUUCAUUAAAUUCAUUAUGGCACCACACCUCGGUGAACAUCGGAAUUUCAGUUCCCACUAAUUAGUCUAAAACACACAAAUAUUUGGUCCCAUUUUAAAUUGAGAAUUUCUCUUACUUUACUGAAUUGCCCCUCUUUCCUAAUGCUGACCCUGUGGACGCUCUUCUGCCCAUUUAUAAAGCGGAAUGCGCCGCACCAGUUCCGGUUUUAUUUUCACGUAGUGUGGCAGGCCAUAAGGUAAGCCAUGCUCUCUUUGCAGCAGAGAAGCCUCUUACUCUUGUUGGUUUUGAGUUGCCAAGGCCCAUUUCACCUUAAAGAUGGGACAAUUCAGUAUAAAAUAGGACGUUGUUUUCAGAGUUGAGAGACAUUUUCACAGUAAAACAGUUCUGUUGAUGUUUUAGACAGAAUUUUGUACUGUAGUUGCUCAUUGGUUUUCAGCUAUGCAGGACAGGCUGACGACAUGUCUAAAUGACAUGGUGGACUGAGGAGUAGUUGCCGGUCCUGGAGUUACCUUUGGUUUACCAUACGUGUUGUUUCUGUGGCCAGCAUAUCGCAAUGUUUUUAGCAAUGCCCACUGCGUGUUUUUUCUUUUUUUUGGUUUUCAGAUUGGACAUGUAAAGCAUCUGUUUGUUGUUUUUAGUUUUUAUUUUAUUUUCACAAUAUCCAACCCACAUUGUAACACUGUAUUUCUUACUCCCAUCUGCAGAUUUUAUUUUACAUUUUAAAUGCCUUGUUCAACCUCCUAUACGUUUUCUGAUUCUUAUAACUUAACAUUUCGAGCAAACAGUCUAAAGAUUUAGUGUAAAUUUUACUUUGUUUUAUUUAUAUAUGUUGAUAUUUUCAGCAGUCAGGAAAAAACUUGUCUGUUCUGGUUGAUAGAAAUGAAUGAAUUAUUGAGUGUAUGUAAACAUUUUGUUAUUCUUAAAAUUUACUGUACGGGAGAUUAAUUCUUACAACAGAAAAAAAACAAUGUUGAUUAAUGCUUUAUGAUUUUUAAAUUAUUUACAUGCAAGAAUGGGGUGGGGGGGGGGUGAAAUGGUGGCACAGUAGUUAGCACUACUGCCUCCUGGAUCCAUCCUCCAGGGUUUGAAUCCUGCAUCGAGUCAGUGUCUGAGUCGGGUUUCCAUGUUCUCUCUGUGUUCGUGUGGAUAUUCUGUAGGUACUUUUCUUCCACAUCACCAAAGACCUAUUGAGUUAGGUUAACCAACCAUUCCAAACUGGUCUCGGUAGCAGUGGGCCCUGGGAUGGACUGGCAUAUACUGCCUUGUGCUUGGUGGCCCACAGCUCCGUACUGGAUUAUGAGGGUUUAAAAAUGGUGUGCUAUCUUAGGUCCUCUACACGAGGAGAUAAUCAUGGGGCACUAAAGAAAGGUUAGUACACAGAGUGUAUAACGUUGCCUUGAUUGAACUGGGGACAUUCUUAAAGGCUACUUCAACGAUUUUGAUUUGCUGAAUGAAAGCCGUAUCAGUACAACAUCUCUCUUAGGCAUACAACACCAGAGCACCCGGCCUAACACAGGGGGGAAGAAAGCCUCAGAAGUUAACCAAUACAACCACUUUGACAUGGGGAUGGCUCUCCAUAUUCAUUCAAAUCUUAAUAGUACACGUAUGUUAAAUACAAAGUGUUUUCACGAAAAUGUAGUCCAUUUUUUAUGAGUGUUUUCAUGUCACUCGUUUCUCACCUGCUUAAUCCCAUUACCAGGGAUGUGCUUAUUGGGAUUUGGCAUCCCCAAAGUUAAAGUUGCUAACUUUAAUGGCAGUUUUAGUAUUUAAGCCAUUCUUUUUUCAGCUAUGCUCAUUUGUAGGUUUAUUUUAUUUGAAACAUUAAGAAUAGCAAGCUGACAUUUAUACGAUGUACUUUUACUGCUAUAAAUGUUUAUGAUUUGUACAGACAUCAUGAUAGUUAAUAUGGCUAAAGCAUCACUAGACACCAAAUCCUCACAGGUGGCGCAGUGGUUGUGCUGCUGCUUUUCAGUAAGGAGACUGUGGAAGAUUGUGGGUUCGCUUCCCGGUUCCUCCCUGUGUGGAUAGCGCUUUGAGUACUGAGAAAAGCGCUAUAUAAAUGUAAUGAAUUAUUAUUAUUAAAUCCACUACUCUCAGCAGUCAUCAUAAGGCCUCAUAGAAUCUUUCUCUCAGACCACAGCUUUAUGUGGUCAUGAGCAUACCCUCAUAUUGCAGAUCACGAUUUGUUUAACCAUGAACUUUUACUACUUCAAACUGAAUGUAUUGUCAAGUUGUACAACCUUUGUUUCACAUUUGGACGGGUUCACCCUGAAUCCCAGUCCAUCACAGGGCACCCAUGCAGCCCCAAUCGCGCUCACUCUCACCAUUUAUUAGAACACUGAGGACUUUAAGAUGUUGGACAAAACCAAAGUACCCAGAGGGAACACAAAAUCCAUCCAUCCAUUUUCCAACCCGCUGAAUCCGAACACAGGGUCACGGGGGUCUGCUGGAGCCAGUCCCAGCCAACACAGGGCACAAGGCAGGAACCAAUCCCGGGCAGGGUGCCAACCCACCGCAGGACAUGCACAAACACACCCACACACCAAGCACACAUUAGGGACAAUUUAGAAUCGCCAAUCCACCUAACCUGCACGUCUUUGGACUGUGGGAGGAAACCGGAGCGCCCGGAGGAAACCCACGCAGACACGGGGAGAACAUGCAAACUCCACGCAGGGAGGUCCCGGGAAGCGAACCCAGGUCUCCUAACUGCAAGGCAGCAGCGCUACCCACUGCGCCACCGUGCCGCCGGAACACAAAAUGAACAUGCAAACUCCACACAUACAGGUGACUGGGCAGGAACGCUAAACAUGUCCCUUCUCUCUGCUACCUCAUGAAAUGUGAAAUCUUUUUUUUUUUUUUUUCCAUCAUUUUAUUUAAUUAAGGCAUACUAAGGAACUUUGAUGCCACCCCUUUCAAAUUAAGGAAUUGUUUUUUUUUUUGGUAAAGAUUGCAAAAGUAUUAUGUCAUGUUGUGCAUAUCCGUGACUGCUAAUAUUAUUGUGGCUUCCUUGCACCUUAAAAUGAUCAUCAGCCUGAUAUUAAACUACUAGAUAAAUAAAAACAUUGACUUCCUCAUUACCUGAAUUUGAUUUCGUUUAAUUCAGGUUAAACAUUAAUUUGGCAUGUAUUAUACGUUAUGACAUAAAUGCCAAUAUCCUGCUUGGAAUAAUCCCAUUCACUAAAGUGCAGUGCAGAUUAUCCCAUUUCUCAACAUUUCUCCAAACUUCUGCAGUGUUUUUCAAAUAAAGAUUACCUUUCCCAACUUUAAAGGUAAAGAAUUUGGUCAACAUUGAUUUUUCAAGUACGGCUAGAUCUUCUAGGUUUUCCUGUUUCUCUGAAUUAAUUUUCACUUCAGCAGCAUAUGGAAAACUUUGUUUGAUAAAAGCUUUUGCCUUUACUGAUAUGUUAAGAAUAAUUUCAUUAUAUCAACUGUCUACAUUACAUUACAGCCUUCAAGUUUAAAGUAAUGAUGUAGCCAGCCUUCUUCAGAGGUGACAGAAAUGUAAAAUUCCCCACUUUACAAUCUAAAACAACUCCAUUGAAAUCUUUUAACAAAAGCAGUCCAUGUAAUAAUGCGCUUUUCAUUAUCAAAGGUGUAAUUGUAUUUUGAUGGAUUUUGCUCAUUUGUUUGUCAUCUUCUGUCAGUAAUGCCCUGCUCUUACCUGUCGGUCUGCAGGAGCAUAGAAGCUCAAAGAACACUUAAAAAUGGAACGUGUUUGACCGGAAAGUCAAAAACCAGACACACGCAGCAUGUUUCACUGCCGUGAGUCUAUUUAACCUUUUUAAACCGAACCAGUAUGACCGCGAUGGUCCUUUAAUGCCAGUCGUACAUGUCAGCUUUUAUGUAUUCUUCAGCAGUCUUUAAACUGUGCAUCUUGGCAGCAACUUCCAGUGCGUACAUUUCUAAGCACUGUUUUGCAAAAAAGGGUUUGAUGUAUUUCAUUUCUAUUAAAAUGGGCUUGUUGUGAUCAAAUUUGUAUUAAACAAAGGGGUUCUCGUAAUAAAUCUGUAGGGUUAAGAAGAAUUGUUGGAGGCUACUGGUUGGCCUCUCUCUCUCUUCUUUUUUUUUUUUUUUUUUUUUUAACUUUUUUGUACCAUUUUAAACCUUUUAGUUUUACAGCUAGAUUUUAUAAACACCAAAGUUCUAUUUAUUAAAAAAAUAAAUUAGUAUUUUUCCAUGAA